CAGUGACUACAUUUAUCUGAAGCCUAACCUAUUUCACUUCCUCCUUCUCUGGUCUCAGAAGGCUGUGACAUCAAAAUUUCUUUCUGUUUCACUGAUUUCCUUUUUGCAGAAGCGAAUGUUUAAAAGGCUCUCUGUGUGUUAUUGUUUUCUGGAGGGGGUGGGGGAGAAGAAAAAAAAAGACUCUGAAAAUCAGUUGGAAACAGUUUGUGAAUCAUUAGGCUAUCCUAAAUAGUUAAGCAAAAUGCUACCGUCAAAAAGAGCCAAGCAAUAUAAUCAUGGGAGGAUGAAGGGAUUACAGGAACCGCUUCAAACCCUGAAAUCUUGUUUGAUAAAGUAACAGUUGUCUUUGCAGCUGAGAGGUUCUUGAUAAUAGGGAAUUGCAGAUGACAUGAUAUUAUCCAUCAACACAGUUCAAACAUUAGAAAGACCAAAACUCAUACUUCUGGUAAACUGAAGCAAGGCAACUGCUGAUCAAGUGUGUGAGUAAUAAGGGAAAUUCAGACAGGGAGUACACUAUAACUGGGAAUGUACAAUGUGGUUGGCAUGUAAAAGUUACAUCAAUGACGAAACAACAGGCAAGAUAAUAGUGUUGGCGUUUAACUUCUGAAAAGGUCAUUAUUAGCAUUCCACUACAGAGCAGGCGACCCAUCUUCUGACUCAUCAAGCAUUUCCUACAAGCUGCUUCCUUCUAAGGGAAACAAAGCAGUAGGUAUAUACUUCCUUUCUCAAAUUUAGACAAGCAGCAGAGGGCUUUGAAGACUUAAACAGCCGUGUUUACCCCUAACUCUUUGUGGAGUAGCGCUGAUAGCCUUUUUGGGAACAGGACAACUAUAAAUUACCCUCACUUAGUUACGGGUUGCAACUCCAAGUCAGCAAGAAUCAACCUUAAUCAGACAAACAAGGUGUUUGUUUACCCAGCUGAAAAUUUCUACACUGUGGACAAGUUGCUUUGCUAAAGCAUCAAUACAAUCUUAGUACAUUAGGCAUCACGUUUUUGUUUGAAGCUGCACACAAUGAGCUCUACACCAUCCAACAGCUCCAGUGCACAGUGUACAAGCAAUAACAAUAUGGAAGCUUUCACUUAUUUUUAUUAUUUAAUCUUCCUGAUUGGCAUUAUUGGGAGUUGUGUAGCACUUUGGGCAUUUAUUAGCCAAAGGAAAGCCAGAAAAUGCCUCAACAUCUACCUACUGAACCUGCUGACUGCUGAUUUUCUGCUGAGUUUGGCUCUGCCUUUCAAAAUAACUGUUGACUUGGGCAUUGCUCCAUGGGGUUUGAUGGUCUUUCACUGCCAGGUCACAGCAUGCCUCAUCUAUGUUAAUAUGUAUUCAUCGAUUAUAUUUCUGGGCUUUGUGAGCAUAGAUCGAUACAUUCAACUCUCAGGAAACUCAAGGUUCCAACGGAUUCAGGAACCAGGCUUUGCAAAAAUGAUGUCUGUUGUAAUAUGGGGAAUGGUCCUGCUGUUGAUGGUGCCAAACAUGGCAAUUCCUAUCAAAAGCAUAGAACCAAAGCCUCUUCUAAAGUGUGCAGAGAUCAAGAUUACACUGGGGCUCCACUGGCAUGUCCUUACCAAUUUUAUCUGCAUUGUAAUAUUUAUGAAUGUUUCAGUCAUGCUCCUAACCUCCAACUUCCUUGUGGUGAAAAAACUGUACAAAAACAAAGACAGAGAAAUGCAGAAAGACGCACAGCAAACUCUGAGGCACGUUUUCAUACUGACUGGCAUCUACAUCAUUUGUUUCGUCCCGUAUCAUAUUGUUCGGACUCCAUAUACGCUUAGUCAAUACAAGCCAGUGAGAGACUGCACUGUACAACGAUCCCUGUUUUAUGCAAAGGAAUCCACCUUCCUCUUGGCUGUUCUCAGUCUUUGUUUGGACCCCAUUUUGUAUUUCUACCUCUGCAAAUCAUUCCGGUCCAAAAUCACAGAAACGUUUGGAUCAACCAAAUGGGCCAAAUGCCAGGAGAAAAGUGAGGAUGAAGAGGGGAGAAACGAGACCAACUUAACAUUGUGCGAUUAAAAUGGACAUUCGCCUGCACAUUCCGCUAUCUUUUUCUCCAAAGCUGAAAAGAAGCAGAAGCCUCAAAACCCAUCACACCAAAUUUCAAAAGGAGCUUUUACCGCAAUGCCACAAUUUUCUUGACAAAUAAGCUGCGAAAGAGAAAUGGAAACAAUAUUUACAACAUUCUUACUUUGGGCUUUUAUAAAUUGCAUGGCUUCUCCAAGUCGAGGUGAACCGAUAUGAGAAAACUUGUUUUGAUGAAAGAAAAUUCGCAAAGUGCUGAAACUGCACUCGCGAAAUAAGAUUUUUAUAUCUAAUUUGUCACCUAUGAAAGAGUUUAAUUCAUGCAAUGAGCCCUAACUGUGGUCCUAUGUCAUUCAUGUAUUAAGUGCUAUAUGGAAUUAUAUUUUUAUAUAUAUAUUAUUUAAUUAAACUUGAGUUUAAUUGA